AUGUUCCACAAUCUUUACCGGACAAUCUCUAAAGUUGUUCUUGCCAAUAGAUCGGCCUUCUUAAAGGCGAAGCUUCGAUUUGGGGUUGGCAUCGCCCAUGUUCUACUAUUAUUUAGAUAAGGUCUGGAAUCUCGACUUUACGGACAAGUCCCUUGUUGUGCCGCAUUGCUGCCGGUACAUGGCACGCCUCGUCGGCCAAUUCAUCUGUCGUACGGAAAAUGAGCAAAUGGAUUAUCUCUAGCAGCACUUAUAAACGGCCGAAUUCAAUGUUUCGUGCGUACAGCAACAUAGCUGCAGUUGUUCGUUACUGCAAUGACUUCGCCCCUCCUAAUAGGCAUGCUUAUACUUAAGAUUUCACUGUUAAUCCACAACUUCAUGCACUAGUCUUGCUAACUAUUCAUCCUUAUUUUAUCAGAUCACGGUUUAUGGAACCUACACUUCCGGCACUUUGGAAGGAAGUAGUAUUCUAUCGACAAAGUUGGCAGUCGGUAUCUUUUAAAGUGCCACUGACACCACUUCGCAGUAUCGACACCUUAAUCCCAUUUACCUAAAACCUGCUGCUAAGAUGGGGUGCUAAGCUGAGAUUUUUGGUUCCCACACAGCAUUAUCCUUGCGUUAGAGGGUCUCUAGACUUUUCCUGCAUCUCCGUGGUUGGAAAUUAUGGAUUCACUCGGCAAUAUCUUGGAAUGAAAAUGUUAAGCAAAACGAUACGGUUUUCGUUUCGAAUAAGACAUUUGUUUUUCGAACUCCUUAUAUGUUGCAUUUUUCCUUCCGUAGUGGGGUUAUUAAUGGAAUUGAAGCCUCUUACAAACGAGUGGAACCAAUGCGCCCUCAGUUUCCCAAGCACAUGCGUCUCUCUUCCCUAAAACCACAGAGUUUCCUCUCAAACGGCUGCUUCGGUGCCGUGUGGUCUGCAAAGUACAGUGCGGCUAAGGAGCUCGGAGUUCGAUGUGCGUUAUUGCUCCUCGCAUCUCUCGCUUCUGUUUAAUAAGCAGUCUGUCCUUCAGUAUUUUCUCAUUCUUGCUUCUUAGUAUUCGGUCCAAAAACUGGCCGAGCAUCCGAGGAUAUAUGCUUUUGUAUUUCGGAGGUCUUCAUUUUUUUACUCUCGGGGUAGAGCCAUAUGGGGAUGUGCCUCUUUACAGCUCCCGCUAGAAACUGUUAUUUUCGCUGUCUACGAAUUAUUUAGGUGACUUGGCUGUCAAGGUCCUCUACAAUUUCUACGCUGCCACUUCCGAAGACGAAAAAGUCGGUGUUACAGGUUCCUCUCUACUCACGAAUGGCCAUAAAGUCUCUUCAAUACCCGUUGACUGGCAUCUGCUGAAUAAACAGGUACGGCGCGAAUGUGGCCUCCGCCCCGCCUCUUAUCACCCAAACAUUGUACCGGUGUGGAAGAAAUUCUUUGAUAAAGCUCCGCCAGCGUCAAAACCUUUCGACAGUUCAUCCGCAUCCGAUGUGUCUUCGAUGCAUUCGUGGCAAAAAGCAGAACAAUUUCGUGAGGGCUUUGGAGGCCGGCCAAUUACAUGCUACCUGGUCAUGCCCAAGUAGGUCGUUUUUUAUUCUUUCCACCGCCAUAAGGUCAUGUGUGGAUGCCUACUCUAGGUUCGUCCGAUUUGCUCUUUUCUGUAUCACCUUCUUUUUCUCCCUGACAUUUCAGUAUCCCUCUUUCCUUUCACAUUAGUUUCUUUUUUGGUGAUCCGUUUACGUUCAACUGCUUUUCCCGAUAUCUCUUAUGCUAUCGCACGCUCCCCUUCACUAGGUUCGAAGCGACCCUGGAUGACAUUUUCAAUCACAACUGGCAUCCGCCUAUCACCACCACUACCGCCAUGCGGUCGUCACCCCCUCGUCAUCCAAGUUCUUCCCUGUCUGUCGUCUCCAACCCCAACUAUUGUUUGCCGGUGGAAGAAGCGGUGCCUCUCCUUGCGCAGAUGUUCGAGGCAGUAGCAGAGUUGGAGCGUUCUGGUGUUGCCCAUCGCGACUUGAAACCGUCGAACGUGCUCGUUCGCCCACGGUCCUCGUGGUCUAACAUUACUGGCGUACUUGAUAGUAAGUGCGCAUCAAAACAGCAUCUUCCUUGUGCUUAAUUACGCGCGUCUUGUUUAGCACGGGAAUACGUCAAGGGCGAUACAAUAAUUAUCACAUUAACGGUAGUUUUGGAGGUUCGCGCCCUUUCCAAUUCUGUCACCCGCAGUUAGUACUGUAAUUAUGGUGGGUUCACUUUUUAAUCAAGUUAUCGGUGCAUUUUUACCCAUUCUUCACUCAAAUAAGGCGGCUUAUUUAGUCGACCUCAGGCGCGCAUAUAAAGCAAUUUUGGGCUUGUCUUCGUCGAAAACGGAACUCUGAAAUUAAUACCCUAUAAUAUGUAAUCAGGUAUAUAUGCCUUGACCUAGGCAGAACUUGUUUUAUGUAACUCUUCUCAGUAGCUUGCUUCUAAAUACCGGUCAUCUGCACUGCUGAAAGUAGCCAAGUGACACAUCCUCGAAGAGUGAACGAAAUCAAAAGGUCCUUUACAGCCAGUAUGCAUUUUUUCAGGCCCUCAAAUUCGGUUUCCGCCAUUAUCACCAAUCAGGACCUUAUCUGCCCGAACUGGGGUUACUUGUGCUUGUGUAGCUAGACUAGCCCCGGGCAAGUUAAUAGGGACCGACAAUUUGUUAAGUCCACCGUAGACCUUGCAUCAAAGCAGUUUUUCUACACAAAUAUGUGUCCGCCAGACAGUCACUGCAGAUGGCUUGGCCAGUAAAGGUCACACGGCCUAUCCUACUAACUAGUGUGUCUUGCUGGCUACGCGGAUUUGUAAUCCUUCAUUUCUAUCACAUUGGCUUAUUCGCAUAAUACUUCUGAAACGCCCAUCGUCAUUUGCAAACAAUUUUAGGAUUUACGUAGUUCGAGGGUGAGACCUGAUCAGACUGAACAUGGAUGCCCUAACUAAAUACUUACUUUUCGGCACAUUUUUGAAUUAUGUCAUGACAACCAGUUGUCGAUGGGCGUCCCUAUUGUUGACUUCGGUGUAGGUUCGGCUUAUGUCCAGCAUAAGUCUGUGUGGCAGAUAACCGAGCUAGACGGCGUACCGAUAAAAGUCCUUGUUGUUAUAAAGACCCGCUAUUGCUCUACCAGUCCACAACAAUCUCCCUCAACCGUUCAAUGUUUACCUUUUCGCCUGAAAGCCUGCGUUUCGUCGCUCACUUCGUCUAACUACGGCGUUGACAUAACUGUCAAAAGGAUUCUGCGCGGUUUUGAUGCCGUCAUACUGGCACCAAAGUGCCGGCUGGCUAGUCUCGACUACGCUGACGUCAAGCUAUGGCAACUCACGUAGCGUAUUGUAUCAGAUGAACGAGUUUUUCCAGCGCUGCGAUGAUCAAGAUGCCUUCGAGCUAACUAUGUGACCAGUAGAAGUCACUCCUAGUUAAUAGCUACCAACUUUAAGAAGUGGACGGUUUCGAAUACUUCAGGUUCAGUUUGUUGCCAAGCCGGUAGAGUAAUGAAGAAAUCGCCAUCCGAGUCGAUGCCUUCGUUUUUGCAGUCCCCUGAAAGUACGUAUGCAUCUUUUGCGACAUCUUGGUCUUGUUGAAGACCCACGCUUACCGGACGUUCGUCCGGACACUUCUCCACGAGUGCGAGUACUAGACCGUAUACUUGACAGACUAGCGAGAAUUGGAGGUUUCGACCCCCGCUACCGGGGAUCGUGGUGUGGCGGUGUGACACAGUGAUUCAGAGCAACGGUGGUGAGGGUGAGCGUCGUCGUGGUCGACGAGGGAGUUGAAGCAGGGGCGGUCGCGGAGGCGGUAGCUGCGGUUGUCGGGCGGUUGGUAUAUUGGAUCCGAAGAUGACCGACGAGGCCGAUCUGCACGCGGAAUGUUCGUUAACAGCAUGGGCAUGUUGGGCGGGCUGAAUAACGAUGUUGCGAGUAAGGGGCGCCUGACUUGCGAGCUUAGCUUUUAGCUCUGGUGGCGGCUAUCCGAUCUGCUUUUUAGAUUGAUGCGUCAAUCUUCACUGCUUUUCUCCAAGCCGGUCUGUUCUGGGGGAUGACCCCCCUGAGUUCGUUUAUAUUGAUAGUGAACUUACGAGCAUCUACCCCACUCUCCUUCCACCCCUGGGUUUGGUGUUGCGACAGAGCCAAGAAGACUGGAGUCUGGAAGAGGUUGCAGGUGAAGAGGUCGCACGGCGAAAACCCGCACCUAGGUGUACCACCACAAACGCUGGUCUACAGCGUACACUGACCACGAUUUUACACAAUAAAAAAAGGGGAUGACUCACGUCCCAACUGCCGCGGCGUGGGCCUACCGCCACACCCCAAUGCUUGGUAUUUGUCAUGGGUGCGCAUUUCCAAUAACGUCUACCGGACCCCGAUGUAGCUCCUGAAGCUUCUGCACUGUGCUAUUUGAGUUUUCAGUCAAACUUUAAAUACAUAAAAACAACUACCUCACCGACGCGUACGUUAAAUCACGGGAGGAGAGUUCUUGGGAAGCCUGUAGAGAAAGUACAGGACCGUUUAUUGAUCUCACAUAUUUCUUCCUCGAGGAGUUUCCUAUCUCCAAAUAUUGGUUUGAGUAGGGAACUUGACCAUCAGAAUGUGCUCAAUGCCUCCAUUAUAAGGAUUUUUCCACAAUCUCCUAUCAUCUCCAGCCAACGGCUUGCCGUCACGAGGUUUAGUUUUCGUAUAAGCUAAUCGUUCUGCCUCCUAUAAGGGAAUAUUCCGAUCGGGUUCAAAGAGUGCGUUCCGAUCUGACAAUGUCCUUGUCAUUAGUUGCGAUGGUAACAACAGCAAGCGGGUACUUGAGUGACCAUUAUGGCGUUCCUGACGACAGCAAUGCGAAAGAGGGGAAACGCGGCAAGGGUUAUGAAUUAGGAUGAUCGACGGUUCUCCCGUCGUGCCUGACGAUGUCCACCGUGAGGCAGGCACGGUGACUUGCGCGUGAGUCAGUUUAUAGUGAAUAGACUUGUGCAGCAUCUACCGCACUUUCCUCCUCGCCUGUGUCCGGUGUCAAGACAGCCAAGAAGACUGGAGGUGAGGGGGGGGCGCAGAUGGCUGGCACGGCCGGACCCGCACCUAGGCGUGCCACCACACCCCCUGCUCCACAACACACACCUGACCAACAACAGCAACAGCACCACAGCGGGUCAGAAGGGCAAGGAUGACUGAGCAGUCAUACUCACGUCCUGUAUACCCACAGGGAGUGCAUGCGCAUCUACCGGUAGGGAACCAGGUGUCGGACUGAGAGGCACUACCCAUAAGACAACUAGGGUUGCCACUGUUGCACAUUUUCAUCUAUCCCCUUCCCUUCCUGAUCAUCUAUCUAUUUCAUUCCAAACCGCCUCCUUUUUACCUCAAUCCUAUUGGAUUUCCGUUUUUAUCCAUUAUGUAGGCGCUGAAUUGGAACUGGCAAACUCUCGGCUGCACGUCGCACUAACGGACUUUGGCUGCGCUAUCAAGACUAACCUGGGACAGGCAAAAUCGCACUCAUCGGGAGACCUGAUAUCGCAUAGUGGCAACACUAUCUUCUGGCCACCAGAGGUGGCAAGGCACUUCGCGAAUCACACAGGUGGCAUCAACCCUGAACAAUAUUCACGGGCAGACCUGUGGUCGGCAGCGACGAUUGCCUACCAAGUUUUUGGUGGACGGAAUCCAAUCCUUACUAAUGUAAGCCGACCCCCUUUUUUAGCAUUUUUCUCUUAAGGACUUCAUCAUCCCACAAACCCAGGUAACGUGGUUCGACAUCACUCACCCAGCGCAACUUAUGCGGUCAUGA